AUGUUUUGUGGUGGAGAGGGAAGGAAAUGGACUUGUGGGAAUGCUGGUGUGGUACGUUUGCAAAAAGUGGCCUCUUUUGUUCAGGAUCUAAGCCAGCCUUGUCUUUCACAAUCAGGGAUUCAGGUUCUCUUAAAUAUCGGCAAAAUGCUUAAGCCAGAGAAGUGGCGAGCUUUUUUCGAUUGUGAUGGAAAGGUUUCUGGUUUCCACAAGGCGCUCAAAUUAAUUAUCUUGGGGGGAAUCGAUCCAUCAAUUAGAGCUGAAGUUUGGGAAUUUCUCCUUGGCUGUUAUGCAUUGAGCAGCACCUCUGAGUACCGUAGGCAACUCAGGGUAGCACGAAGAGAACGAUACAAUGAGCUGCUGAAGCAAUGCCAGAUGAUGCAUUCCAGCGUGGGAACUGGUUCACUUGCCUAUGUUGUGGGAUCUAAAGUUAUGGAUAUGCGAAAAUCAUACAAAAACGAGGUGGUAAAGGAAACUACAGAUGAAAGCACAGAAGCUUCUACAGAUGGUCAUGAGAAUACUGAAAAUCACGGUGAUUCGAGUAAUAAUGAUACUGACACAUCUCAUGCGCACAGAACGGGAAGUUCUAGUGAGUCAGUUGACCUAGUAAGUCCUGACAGCACAAUAGUUGAAACCUCUUCCUUUGUACCGUUGUCUAGUCCACGUGGCUUUCCUUCCUCUGGUCCUUGUGUUGCGGAUGGUUUUUUUGAGUUUCCGUCCCUACCGGUAACAGAUUUGUUUGGGAGGAGUAGUUUAGGUAAGAAAGGGGAUUCUACUCCAAAUAAGGAAGCUUCCAUGCAAAAAUUGUCUCAGCUAGUACAUGCUGACUCUGUCGAAGAACUGUCUCAUAGCGGCUCCACGACAGAGAUUGUUGAUGGUUUGAGAAUAUCAGAUGAACCUGACAUGCCAUCAGGAAAUGAGACUCCUUCGCGUGGUGGGACUGUCAGGGAUGAUAGGAUGUCUGAAUGGCUUUGGACAUUGCACCGAAUAGUUGUUGAUGUGGUAAGGACAGAUACCCACAUGGAGUUCUAUGAGGAUCCAAGAAAUAUAGGAAGAAUGUCAGAUAUCCUUGCGGUCUAUGCUUGGGUUGAUCCUGCAACUGGUUAUUGCCAAGGAAUGAGCGAUUUAGUGUCUCCUUUCGUGGUUCUUUUUGAAGAUAACGCUGAUGCCUUUUGGUGCUUUGAAAUGCUUAUAAGAAGAACGCGUGCAAAUUUCCAGAAGGAGGGACCAACAGGAGUGAUGGAUCAAUUGCUUAUUUGUUUAUUUGUUUUCUCUUCUGCUCUGUUCUCCGAAAUUCCUUAA